GUUCUCUGCCUUUCGUCUUCAGCCUUCCUUCCUCCCUCCCUCCUCCUCUCCAGGUCACCUCUUCCAAUUCCUCCUGUUUCCUCUCUUCGCGUACGCCGCACGAUAAUUUCGUCGUCAGAUGACGCCUACUCGCUCACCAACUCCUUCUCCUCGAUCUCCGUCGUCGAUGGCACCUGUUGUCUGUUGAUCCCGUCAAUUAUCAACCACCGCACUUUACUUUGACCGCAUUGAUUUGAAUUGGUCGAUGUCGACGCCGUAAAACACAUAUUUUCUAAUGCUAUUUGCUCUCUCAAUUAGGUGGAUUUUCUUGACCUUUCGAUCCCUGUUUACACAUAUAUACCCACUCGUCAGCAAUCCAUGACAGAGGAUUUGGCAUUUUCAAGCUUCAGGCGGCGAUCCUGGCGGCCGGCGAUCGGAAAAUAUGAACUAUAGAUGGCGGAUUAGAGCGGUUGUCUUGUUGUUCCUGUUGGUUACGGCAUCCGCCUUUGACUACAAGGACGCCCUGUCGAAGAGCCUGCUCUACUUCGAGGCACAGCGCUCCGGCCGCCUCCCUUACAACCAGCGCGUCACCUGGCGGAGCCAUUCCGGCCUCAUCGACGGGCUCCAGCAAGGAGUGGAUCUCGUGGGUGGAUACUACGACGCCGGAGACCACGUCAAAUUCGGGCUGCCGAUGGCUUUCACGAUUACUCUGCUUUCCUGGAGCGUGAUGGAAUACGGCGAGCAGAUAGCCGCCGCCGGCGAGUACGGCCACGCGCUGGAAGCCAUCAAAUGGGGCACGGACUACUUCAUCAAGGCCCACGCGGAGCGCGAGGUCCUAUGGGUCGAGGUCGGAGACGGAGACACCGACCACUACUGCUGGCAGAGGUCAGAGGACAUGACCACGUCGCGGAAGGCGUACAAGAUCGACUCGGAGCACCCGGGGUCGGACGUCGCCGGCGAGACCGCCGCGGCCAUGGCCGCUGCAGCGGUGGUGUUCCGGCGGGAGAAUCCUCGGUACGCGGAGAUCUUGCUGCGGCACGCGCGGGAGCUGUUCGAGUUCGCCGACGGGAGGCGGGGGAGGUACGACGGCAGCGUGAGGGAGGCGAGGAGGUACUACCCCUCGUGGAGCGGGUUCGAGGACGAGCUGCUGUGGGCUGCGCUGUGGAUGCACAAGGCCACGGGGCGGGAGGAGUACGUGGACUACGUGGUCGAGAAGGCGGAGGAGUUCGGCGGAACAGGGUGGGCAAUGACGGAGUUCAGCUGGGACGUCAAGUUCGCCGGCGUUCAGAUCCUCGCUUCCAAGCUUCUGGUAGAAGGCAACUUAUCGAAGAAGCAAAGGGGAGUUCUUGAGCAAUAUCGAUCCAAGGCUGAGCACUACAUUUGCUCUUGUCUCAACAAGAACAACGGUAGCAAUGUGCAUCGCACGCCCGGUGGCAUGCUCUUCGUUCGCGAAUGGAACAACAUGCAGUACGUCGCCAACGCCGCCUUCCUUCUCAGUGUCUACUCAGACCAUCUGAGCAAGGCUGGCCAACAACUCCACUGCCCAAACGGGAUCCUCACGAUUGACGAUCUCAGAGGGGAAGCCAAGGCUCAAGUCGAUUACCUUCUGGGAUCGAACCCGUUGGGGAUCAGUUAUCUCGUCGGUUACGGGCCCAAGUACCCGACCAAGGUUCAUCAUAGGGGAGCUUCGAUCGUGUCCUACAAGAGGAGCAAAGGCUUCAUCGGGUGCAUGCAGGGUUACUAUAAUUGGUACGCGCGACCUGAUCCGAACCCCAAUAUCAUCAUCGGGGCUCUAGUCGGCGGUCCUGAUUCGAAAGACAGGUUCAAGGAUGAUCGAAUGAACUAUAUGCAGACCGAGGCAUGCACAUACAACACCGCACCGCUAGUGGGCGUGUUUGCAAAGUUACACCAACAUAUACAAGAAGUUUCUAACUCAACAACCACCUUCUCUAGUUAGGGAGAGAAAUCAUUUUAUUUCUUAAUUCUUACAGUGACAAUUCUGAUAAUUAAAAACGUUGAGGAUGUUAUAUACUUGUAAUUAUU